AUGUCUAAUGCAAGCAGACUCAUUGAUGUUAUCACCAAGGUGGCGUUACCCAUUGGUAUAAUUGCUACCGGAAUCCAAUACACCAUGUAUGAUGUGAAAGGUGGUUCUCGUGGUGUUAUCUUUGACAGAAUUAACGGUGUGAAGCAACAGGUUGUGGGCGAAGGCACCCAUUUCUUAGUACCUUGGCUACAGAAGGCGAUCAUAUACGAUGUGAGAACAAAACCAAAGAGUAUUGCCACCAACACUGGUACCAGAGAUUUGCAAAUGGUUUCAUUAACUUUAAGAGUCCUGCAUAGACCGGAGGUCUUGCAGUUGCCUUCCAUAUAUCAAAAUUUGGGUCUUGAUUAUGAUGAAAGAGUGUUGCCAUCUAUCGGUAAUGAAGUCUUGAAGUCCAUCGUGGCACAAUUUGAUGCAGCCGAGUUAAUCACCCAGAGAGAGAUUAUUUCUCAAAAAAUCAGAAAGGAGCUUUCCACAAGAGCCAAUGAAUUCGGUAUCAAGUUGGAAGAUGUCUCCAUCACUCAUAUGACGUUUGGUCCUGAAUUUACCAAAGCUGUUGAACAGAAACAAAUUGCGCAGCAGGAUGCCGAAAGAGCUAAGUUUCUCGUUGAAAAGGCAGAGCAAGAAAGGCAAGCUUCAGUUAUCAGAGCCGAAGGUGAAGCAGAAAGUGCCGAGUUCAUUUCAAAAGCUCUAGCCAAAGUAGGUGAUGGUCUCUUAUUAAUCAGAAGAUUAGAAGCUUCCAAGGAUAUUGCUCAAACAUUGGCAAACUCAUCUAAUGUUGUCUAUUUACCAAGCCAACACUCCGGUAACGGCAGCGGGGAUUCUUCAGGGUCGCCAAAUUCCUUACUACUAAACAUUGGACGUUAA